AAACCAUGCUGUAACAGAAUAAAUAAAGCUCCGCUAUCUAUUAAUUCAUUCAAACAGCAUAGACUUAUUUAUAUGAUAUCAAAGAAUAACACAACUCAAAAUCCAAAAUGACGAACAUACCCCUACUCGUCGCACUCGCGGCGCUGCUCUCCCCUCUCCUCGCCACCGCGCACGACUGCAGCCAAGACUUCCGAGCAGAAGCCGAGAAAAUGAUGCCGAACUCCACGCGAAUCCAGAGCUGCCGGCGGAAGACUCUGGCGGCCGAAUUGGCGUGGAGCUUCGACAGGGCGUCCCGAGGGCUCCACGUGGCCUUCGGGGCACAGCUGAGGCGCGAAGACACGGGUUGGCUCGCCUGGGGCGUAAACCCAGGCGGGCCCCACAUGGACGGCACGCGGGCCGUCAUCGGCAUCAAGCAACGGAACGGCUCGUACGGAUGCCACAAGUACAACGUCACCGCCGCCACCAAGUCCCGGAGGUGCCCGUUGGUACCGGCGGACGACAUCGAUAUCGGGGUCGAGUUCAGUAGUUAUCGAAUGGAGUACGUUCCGCGGCUUGAUUAUCACGUGAUUGUGGCGACGGUUGUGCUGCCGGAGAAGGAGUUCAACAGCUUGGAGACACACGUUGUGUGGCAGAUUGGUGAGCAUAUCAACGGAAAUGAGCCGUUGAUGCACCCAAAAUCUCUCAACAACUUCGACAGCACUGAGACUCUUGAUCUUCAAUCCGUCAAAAUUAUUAGCUACACUCGCCAUCGACGUUUUAAACUAAGAAUAGUUCAUGGGGUGCUAAACAUAGUGGGAUGGGGGACGCUACUGCCGAGUGGCGCAAUAGUGGCAAGGUAUAUGCGGAUAUUUCCAAAGCCAUGUGUACGGUGGUACGACGUCCACGUCAGCUGUCAGACUACCGGAUACAUCAUUGGUUCCAGUGGGUGGGCCCUGGGGCUAUGGCUUGGAAAGGCUUCCCAAAACUAUAAGUUCAAUAUCCAUAAUACCGCUGGACUCAUUAUUUUUAUUCUCUCAACCAUACAGAUGUUGGCGUGGAGGUUAAGGCCGGCCCCCGACGAUGGGUACAGAACGUAUUGGAAUAUGUAUCAUCAUUUUUUAGGGUAUGCGAUUAUGGCGUUGAUAUCGUUCAACAUAUUUUUGGGGAUUAAGAUUUUGGAGCCAGAGCAUGUGUGGAAAUGGGCUUAUAUUGGAGUCCUUGGAGGCUUGGGAAGUGUGGCUCUUUCAUUUGAACUUUUGGGUUGGACUAAAUUUCUUAUUGAAAAAAGCUCCUCAUCUAAACCAACAUGAUCCCCUUCCCUUUUUAUAUAUAUUCUCUUCAUUUUUGUUUGUAUUAAUCUUUUGGGUGAUGCUGUGUUUCACUAGCGUAUCAAGUAUGGUCUCUAUUGGAAGGACAGAAAAACUAUGAAAAUAUGCAUAGCGUGUUACCGGCUAGCUUGUAAUUAAAUAUUGAAGCUCGAUUAUUUGAAUUAUACUUAUCAUGUUUCGUAUUA